AUGGCUUUAACCCAACACGAAGCGGAGGUGAAAGAUGUUUUUCUACUAAAACUCAUUGAAUGUAACGCGGAGAAUCCUGUGAAUGUUGAUGAAAUUAAUAUGCUAAAAAACCACACUAUACCCGAAAGCAAGACCGCUAAAUGCCUUUUAGCGUGUGUUUUUAAAAAAACAUCUUGGAUGGACGAGAAAGGAUUGUUCGUGAUGGAAAAUGCGGUUAAACUAACAGAAGAAAAACACCCCAAAAACUCGCCAGCACUGGAAAAUUCUAAAAAACUGUUCGAACUGUGCACAAAAGUAAACGAAGAGAUUUUUAAUGAUGGAGAAGAAGACUGCGAAAGAGCUGCAAAGUUAGCUAGGUGCUUAAUAGAGAACGCGACCAAGCUCGGUUUCCAGUUGAAGUAA